AUGGCUCCUACGCUGUUCCAGAAGCUCUUCAGCAAGAGGAACGGGGCGGGCGCGCCCGGUCGGGACGCGCGGGACCCGGAUUGCGCGUUCAGUUGGCCUUUGCCAGAGUUUGAUCCAAGCCAAAUUCGACUGAUUGUAUAUCAAGACUGUGAAAGAAGAGGAAGAAAUGUCUUGUUUGACUCCAGUGUUAAGAGAAAAAAUGAGGACAUAUCAGUAUCGAAACUCUGUAGUGAUGCUCAAGUUAAAGUGUUUGGGAAAUGCUGCCAACUGAAACCUGGAGGAGACAGUUCUUCCUCUUUGGAUAGUUCUAUUACCUCAUCUUCUUCUGAUGUAAAAGAACAGUGUCCUAAGUACCAGGGUUCUCGGUGCUCUUCUGAUGCCAAUAUGCUUGGAGAGAUGAUGUUUGGCUCAGUAGCAAUGAGCUACAAAGGAUCCACCUUAAAAAUUCAUCAGAUCCGUUCCCCUCCACAGCUUAUGCUUAGCAAAGUUUUUACUGCAAGGACUGGCAGCAGCAUCUGUGGGAGUCUUAAUACGUUGCAAGAUAGUCUUGAAUUCAUCAAUCAGGACAAUAGUACAUUAAAGGCUGACAGUAACACAGUUAUUAAUGGACUACUUGGAAAUAUAGUUCACAGCAAUCCAAUGGACAUGCCUGGAAGAGAGUUGAAUGAGGACAGAGACAGUGGCAUAGCACGCUCAGCAUCUCUCAGCAGCUUGCUUAUUACGCCAUUUCCCUCCCCAAAUUCCUCACUUACCCGAAGUUGUGCCAGCAGCUACCAGAGACGUUGGCGACGCAGCCAAACAACAAGUUUGGAGAAUGGGGUAUUUCCUAGGUGGUCUAUAGAAGAAAGCUUUAAUCUAUCAGAUGAAAGCUGUGGACCUACCCCAGGAAUUGUGAGAAAAAAGAAGAUUGCAAUUGGAGUAAUCUUUUCAUUAUCCAAAGAUGAAGAUGAAAAUAACAAAUUUAAUGAAUUUUUUUUUUCACAUUUUCCUCUCUUUGAAAGCCACAUGAACAAAUUAAAGAGUGCAAUAGAACAGGCUAUGAAAAUGAGCCGGAGAUCAGCUGACACCAGUCAGAGGAGUUUGGCUUAUAAUCGAAUAGUUGAUGCCCUAAAUGAAUUCAGGACAACAAUUUGUAAUCUUUACACAAUGCCACGAAUUGGAGAGCCUGUUUGGCUUACAAUGAUGUCGGGGAUUCCAGAAAAGAACCAGCUUUGCCAUCGAUUCAUGAAGGAGUUCACUUUUCUAAUGGAAAAUGCUUCAAAAAAUCAAUUCUUGCCAGCACUCAUUACUGCAGUUCUGACCAAUCAUCUUGCCUGGGUUCCAACAGUUAUGCCAAAUGGACAACCACCUAUAAAAAUAUUUUUAGAAAAACAUUCCUCUCAGAGUGUGGACAUGUUGGCAAAGACUCAUCCGUAUAACCCACUUUGGGCACAGCUGGGGGACUUGUACGGUGCUAUUGGCUCUCCUGUAAGGUUAGCAAGAACUGUGGUAGUUGGCAAACGACAAGACAUGGUCCAGAGGCUGCUUUAUUUUCUUACUUAUUUCAUAAGAUGCUCUGAACUUCAAGAAACCCAUCUUUUAGAAAACGGAGAAGAUGAAGCCAUUGUUAUGCCAGGCACAGUAAUUACAACCACGUUAGAGAAAGGUGAAAUAGAAGAAUCUGAAUAUGUGCUUAUCACAAUGCAUAGAAACAAAAGCAGUUUGCUCUUUAAAGAGUCAGAAGAAACAAGGACUCCUAAUUGUAACUGUAAAUAUUGUAGUUGUCCACUCCUUGGGCAAAAUUCAGAGACUGUUUUGAGAAAAGAGAGGGAAGAUAUUCAAAACAGCUCUAAGGAGUUGCUAGGAAUUACAGAUGAGUGUGGAAUGAUUUCUCCUCCUGACUGCCAAGAAGAAAAUGCUGUUGAUAUUGAACAGUGCAGAGAUAAAUUAAGAGCUUGCCUUGACACCAAGUUAGAGACAAUUGUUUGCACAGCAUCUGCUCCAGUUGACAAAUGUGCAUUGUUGAAAUCAGGCUUAGAACCAGCAGAAGAAACAUGGCAGAGUGAUGAAUUGCUGGAUUCCGGUAAUCACACAGGCAAGGUGCUGAGACCCACAGGAAUGAUUGUGGAAAAAAAACCACCAGAUAAGCUUGUGACUACUGCAUUUUCUUGUGAGGCAAACCAGACAAAGGUUACUUUCUUGAUUGGGGAUUCUAUGUCACCUGACUCAGAUACUGAACUCAGAAGUCAGGCUGUGGUGGAUCAGAUUACCAGGCAUCACACCAAACCACUGAAAGAAGAAAGAGAGGCUAUUGAUCUGCAUCAAGAAACUAAACAAACAACUAAGGACCAAUCUAGAGAGUCCGAUAUACCAAUGGUUUCUGGAGAGCACUGUGAACUUCCCUGUUGGAAUCAUUCAGACCCAGAAAGCAUGAGCUUAUUUGAUGAAUAUUUUAAUGAUGAUUCCAUUGAGACCAGAACUAUUGAUGAUAUCCCAGUUAAAACAAGUACAGAUAGUAAAGAACACUGCUGCAUGUUAGAGUUUUCAAAAAGAUUAUGUACACAAAAUAGCAAACAGAACAAUGAACUUUGUAAAUGUGUAGAAGCAGUUCAUCAAGAUUCAUGUAAAACCUGCUACCCUCAGCAGGACCAAAGAGGUGCACUCUCCCUUCUUGUCCCCCAUGGGGAUAAAGAGAGUUCAGAGAAAAAAAAUGCUGUAGGAAUUGAAUGGGACAUUCCAAGAAAUGAAAGUUCAGAUAGUGCCCUUGGGGAUAGUGAAAGUGAAGAUACAGGUCAGGAUAUGACUAGACAAGUAAGCAGUUAUUAUGGAGGAGAGCAAGAAGAUUGGGCAGAAGAAGAUGAGAUACCUUUUCCUGGGUCAAAGUUAAUUGAAGUGAGUGCUAUUCAGCCCAACAUUGCCAAUUUUGGAAGGUCCUUGUUAGGUGGCUACUGUUCGUCUUACGUGCCUGACUUUGUUCUUCAAGGAAUUAGUAGUGAUGAGAGGCUCCGUCAAUGUCUGCUGUCAGAUUUGUCCCACGCUGUACAGCAUCCAGUGUUGGAUGAACCAAUAGCAGAAGCUGUCUGUAUUAUAGCAGAUAUGGAUAAAUGGACUGUGCAAGUGGCCAGUAGCCAGAGACGAGUGACAGAUAAUAAACUGGGAAAGGAAGUAUUGGUUUCCAGUCUUGUUUCCAAUCUGCUUCAUUCCACUCUUCAGCUUUAUAAACAUAACUUGUCUCCAAAUUUUUGUGUAAUGCAUCUUGAAGACCGGUUACAGGAGCUGUACUUCAAAAGCAAAAUGCUGUCUGAGUACCUGAGGGGCCAGAUGCGAGUUCAUGUCAAGGAGCUGGGAGUGGUUUUAGGGAUUGAAUCCAGUGAUCUUCCUCUUCUGGCUGCUGUAGCAAGCACUCACUCUCCAUAUGUUGCCCAGAUACUCCUUUAA